CGAUUCAGCGCCGGCCAUAUUUUGUACCUCCUCACGCGAUAUCCUUACUGCUCGUCACAUAAGCCAGCUCUGAACAGAAGAUGCAAGGGGACAAAAAUCUCAGUAAUCUCCCUGGAUUUCCUUUGUGUGACUCUGAUAUUGAAGAAGAUAUUGAAGGUAGCACCCCACAACCUUCACAACAAAACCAACAGGCUUCUUCAUCGCCUUCUCAGCAGCCGACAGUGUCUACACGUCAAGAGGGGCCUAUGAGAGUAUGCAGAGUUUGCCACGAUGAUGAAGAGAUGCGACUAGAUGUUACGAUGAUGAAACGCGAUAUUUCGCGCAUUACAGAUAAGUUGGAAACACAAGGCCAGAAACUUCAAGAAGUGUGGGGAGUGUGUGAGAGUACCCAUGAAAACAUAGAAUAUUACAUAGAAUCAGGUGCUGAAAGGAUGGAUUGUGAUAUUUCGUGCAUGACAGAUGAGUUGGAAACACAAAGCCAUAAACUUGAAGAAGUGUUGGGAGUGUGUGAGGUGACCCAUGGAAGCAUAGAAUAUUACUUGGAAUCAGAUGUUGCAAGGAUGAAAGAUGAUAUUUCGUCCAUUACAGAAGAGUUGGAAACACAACGAAAGAAACUCGAGGAAGUGGGGAAAGUGUGUGAGAAGACCCAUGAAAGUGUGGAGAAUAUCCUAAAAGAGUUGCAAAAGCAACAAAACAGUAGGACUGAAAGUGCAACUGGAAGGAAGCGCAGUAAGGAGAAACAAAAGGUGGACCCCCUCUGCCGUGACACUUUUCGAAAAAUGUACAGAAGUCUUGAGAAGAAAGAUAACUUUCAAGGAUUUAAUUUCAAAGUAAGCUUUGACUCAGCGGAAAACGAGGAGGUUUUUAGGAGAGUGAAAGAAAAAAUGUCUGGUAACAAUGGCUCCAGCAAGUGGACAGACGAAGGGAUAAAACUUGUUGGUCGAAGAUAUUUCUUGUCUUUGUACGAAACAGACAAGAAAAAAUCUGACAACAAGUACGACGAUCACAAGACAAAUAGUCGACGCCAGAACAGGAAAAAACAGAAAUUGAACAGAAGAACGGAAGCACUGGAUAAGAUUGAUUGGGUUAGACGUGAAAAAGGAAAGGCAGCUGAGGUGCUCACUGAGGAAUACAUGUCAUCAGAAGUGUCGGAAUCAGGAGAAGAGUCGCUAUCGGGUGAUGAAGGGUGUUCUAAAGAAAAGAAGUUGUAUAUCAAAACAGUUCCGUGGGAGAGCGAAGAUCUCAAAACAUUAAAAAGCAAACUUGAUGUAGAGUACGCCAGCCGUCAGACUUCUCGCUCUCGACGUCGCGAAUUUCAAAGAGAUAGGCGUCUUGAAGACGUUUCUUCACGUCCAAAACCUAAGAACGGUCCAUCAUGGGCUUUCAAGAAGGACGAUGGGCAGUGACGUCGACAAAUAGAACCCGGAUUACCAAGAGUAAACGUAUUACUCAUGCUGUGAAAAUGCUGACUUGCAUACCAUAGAAUUUUCCAGAACAUUUCAUCAAGUUACGCAUUUAUUACGUAAUACUACUAAAAGGUUCUUAUGUAACCUUCUGGAAUGUUCUAGAACAUUUUGUGAAAAUAUGUGA